UCCAGUCACACAUGCAUGUUUAGGCCAGCCGUAUUAUCACGUAUCAAAAAGUGCACGUAUAACGUCAGUACAACGCAGUUCGCUGGUUCGUGCAACGCAGUAAUUGUGGAAACGUCCCAGCAACCUAGGACGUACCUUGCCGUAUGAACGGUACCUCGUGGAUACCUGGCGGUACGGCGAGGGCCACGUAUAUUGUGGGCAGCUCACAAUAUACGUGGGUCGUCACGUAUCCGUGAUUGUACUUGACUAUACGUUGGGCGCACGGGAGGCCAACCUAGGGGCAACCGGAACAUACGUGAACAUACGUAAUGUAUAACGUCAGUGCUAAGGAAGCCCAACGCCAUCUUCACGUAUUGUGGCUGUUUCCCCGCCAAACACGCCAACCCACGCCACCGCCAGGUAGCGUUAAGGCAGCGGCGCGGCAACGUGGCUUCAGUGUGACAGAGAGAGCCGUACCCUGUGGAUGUACCACCACUGUGUUGCGUGUUUAUACCGUGGAUGUACUACACCUCACCCUUCAGAGCCACCACUGUGUUGCGUGUUUAUACCGUGGAUGUACUACACCUCACCCUUCAGAGCCACCACUGUGUAUAGUGCAUUGUGUUGCGUGUUUAUUAUUCAACAUGGUAAAGGGAAGUAAAGGGUCCAAGGGCUUGAAGAGGCCCAUUGUCACCUCUACCCCUGCCCAUGACCUCCCCAGUGAUUUUGAGGACAAUCCCUCUUCGCCUGUCGGUGCCGAGGACGACGAAGGCCCCCCUCCUCCUUCAGGCAGAGCUUCAUCACCCUCUGUUGAGCUGCUCCUUAAUGAUUCGGCCGCUGCUGUGUUUGAGAGGAGGGAUAGGAGCCCGCAGGAGAAUUCGUCCAACUCCCAGGGCGAGGGCCCUGCUCCUGCUCUUCAAAAGAAACAGAAAAGGAGGAAGAAGAACCCCUCAGUGAUCCUGACUGAUGCCCAGGAGAGGGCCCUGGCCCAGUGGCUCGAGGUGGAGGGCGAGUUUAUUUACAACAGGGGCAAGACGGCCUACAAGGACAAGGCCAAAAUCGCCAGGGCCUGGGAGGAACAAGGGGCCAAGUUGGAACCCCCAGUCUCAGGGACCGACCUCCGGACCUGGUUCAGCUCCCUCAGGAGCCGCUAUGGGCGGCUCACAAACACCGUCAGCGGCCAAGCAACGGGCUCCAAGAGGCACACGGACCGAGAGAGAUGGAUCCUUGAGCUGUUCCCCUUCCUCAAGGCGCACAUAGUACGCCAACACAAAACGGCCACACUAGGUCUACCAACGGACGACGACACUCCUGCCACCAGAACCACCGCAGCCACAACAACCACAACAACCACAACAACCGCGACGACUACAGGGGUAGGGGUUUCUCAUGGCGACCCGGACACACCCUCGCCGGCCAGCGAGGACGAGGAGGUAGUGGUGGUGCCUGCAAUCAAGGUUCCAAGAAAACCCCGAACCAGGAAGCACCCCCCAAUGAAGCCAGGAGCGGCAAUUGACUCGGUAAUCGAUGGGGCCAAACACUUCCUGUCGGAGUUCAAGGAGCUGAGUGGGGACAGGGAUACAGAGGCGGCGAGGCACUUUUUGGAAUCGUUGCUCCCCAUGCUACUGAAGGUUGGGCCAAGCCUGAUGCCCAUCUUCAGGAUGGAGAUCACCGCCUGCCUCAGAAAAUAUGAGCAGGCGACCAAACAAGGUGCUGAAAUGGCCUCACAUGACCUAAAGUACCACAUAAUUAACUCUGAGUACUGCCCUGCCUCUCCGCCCAAGGCCCAGCCCCAACAGCAACAGCAACAACUACUAAUGUUGGAGCCACAACAGCUGCAGCAGUUGCAACAGCUGCAACAACAGCUGCAACAGCCACAACAGCAACAGCCACAACUAGUGCCACAGCUCCCUGCCACAUUCCCUGCCACAUUCCCUUCCAUUCGGCAGCAGGGCCAACCAGCGGUGACAUCGGUUACCCCCCAGCAGCUGCAAUUGUUGCAGCAACAGUAUCUCCUCAGGAGCCCUUCUACAAGCAGAAUUUGGGUUCCUGCAACAACACCACUGACCUCAACAUGUCCCUGUUGA